AUGGCAACAACAUCGACAUUUGGGCCCAGCCCUGGCCCAGCACGAGUAUCAACCCCCCGACCGACUCGGCACGCUCGCACCUCCAGCAUACAAUCCCAGACUCCCCUGGCAUCCAAAUCCUCGUCGCGACAGCCCCCUGGUUCGGGAUUAGGGUGCAAAACGUCGACGGACAGUGGCAGCAGUGGCAGCAGUGGCUCAGGGACACAGCAGUCUAGUGGCAGUUCAUCUUCGGCACAGAGGCGCAGCACCCGUGCGAGUACUACAGGAGGAGACCGUACUGCUGCCAUUGCUGCGGGGGCAGAUCCGUUGUCAGAUAAGGCAACUGUAUUUCUCAUUAGGAGGAUCCUUUGUUUGGGGGACAAUGGUAAGGGUUCGGGAGGGACUACUGGUGGUAGCGGGGGAGGGGGAUUGUCCUCGGCUCAGGCACUGGAGGAGAUACUGCCUCCGCUCACGAGCCGGAAUGAUGUCGACCUGCAACUGUACGCAUUGAUCGCCAUUAUCCUCAGGGACUUUGUGCAGAGCUGGUACCACAAGAUCACGCCGGACGAGACGUUUGUGGGUGAGAUUGUUCAGCUCAUUGCGCACAUCACGCGCGCGCUGGAGCAGCGGCUGAGGAAGGUGGAUUUAGAGAGCUUGGUGUUUGACGAGAUUCCGGAGCUGCUGGAGAGGCAUAUUACUGCCUACCGGACCGCCCAUGAUCCUAUCACACAGCCUCCUGUGAGGACUGAACCACGAGAAGUCUACCACUCGCUGUGGCCAUUGCCUGCACUAUCCCCUGUCCCACGCACUCAACUAGGCGAUGACGAAGACACCGACCCUGACACUAUCUCCAUCGCGCGGCAACAAGCCGAGAACGAAGCCACCUACCGCCAAUUGCUUGUGUAUGCUGUUUUAGCCAUCUUGCUGCCGACAGAGGACCUGGAGAACAGCGUGCUGACCACGCUGGUUGGCCAGAUCCUGUCGGAGCUUGUCAUUGGGAACCUCGUCGCAAACAAACUAUCGGAGCCAUGGAUGAUCUUUGAGUUAUUGAUCAUCGCGGCAAGGAAUGCGCGGAAGGGAGUUACUGCUGAGUUUGGGGAGAAGGAGUCGGCGUCAGGGGCCUCGUUGUCGACGAGCAGUAAAAAGCGACGAAGAUCAGCAGCAGCAGCUGUCGAGGCUACUGGUGGUACUACGGGCGGUGGCAAAAGGUUUUCGAUUCAGGGGCUGUUUUGGUCUAUUGUCCAAUGGUGCUUCCUAACCAUGUCGUUCUUCAGGGGCCUCUGGACCCUAUUGACGAUGGCGAAGACAUUGCCACCGCGAACGUCGACACAACGAGCUGAGAAGCUGAAGAACUAUGAACCCUCCAAACCCGCCGAUCCGCACAAGCAGGCGCCCAAGACGCCAGUAUUAGCUUUCCGAUGCUGGUCCGCGAUAUUGAGGCUCGUCGAGCUGGACUUCCGCAUGCCGUGGCUUCACGGCAUCUUAUCGAUGCUACAAUGGGCUGCGAUAACCGGGCCGGGAGAAGUCGGCGCCGUGGACGGGAAGCUUGAUAGACCGCGCGAAGUCAGCAACGCCUCGGAGCUUCUGACCUCGGGACGAUGGAGACUCCUCUCUCACCUCCUCUGCACCAGCGCACUCGACCCGGCCAAACUUCCUUCCAUCUUACGCGCCGCCCGAGCCGCCCUCUUCCCGGGUAACAUGCCCGCGGGUCCCUCAUCACUAGUGCCGCCGGCCUCCGAAGCGGAGUAUCGCCGGCUGAGACGGAGGUGUGCCCGGGCAGUAUACAGGGCAAUUGCUCCCGGACCGGGGGCAGUGCGCUCAGUGGUAAAGACAUUCUUUCUAGGAGGGUUCGGGUUCGGUUCGCGGAGUCAGCAGAAAAAUGACCAGAAGAAGAGCAGUCAGCAUCAGCCGGGAAGAAAGGCACAAGGAAAGGGUAAUGAUAAUCAUAAUAAGCCUCGCGGGAGGGCCACGAAAUGGGAAGGAUCCGCGUCCACACCUGCCACGUCCUCGUUCACGUCCUCUUCCUCAUCUACCGGAGUGGGAGAAGUAGGAUUAGGACCAGCAGCAUGGCUGAAGAAUGGUGGUCCUAAAAAGGACAAGGACAGGGAUAAGACCAAGGCGAGGGAUGACAAAAAGGGAAAUAACAUCGGAUCCUCCCCAUCGCCUUCCACACUCUCAUCACUCCCCGCCAAAGAUCAGCAUCAGCAGCAGCAGCGGUCCGCUCCGGGCCCUGUUGGGCUUGCUGCCGUAUCGUCGGCUUUUCCUCCGGCAUCCUUUCCUUCGUCAACCACAACUCCAAUCACAUCCGCUAGCAACGUCGCUGUCGACGCCGACGCUAGUAGUAGCCUUCUUCCUAGACCUGCCGUUAGCGCUAGCGCCGGCACUAACACUAGCCUUUGCGCUAGUCGGACAAAUAACGGUGCCGACGACGAUCGCCGCAACGGCAAGCGGAGGCUAAUCCACAAACCAGCCAGCCACAGCCAGGCUUAUUAUUAUUAUGAUAUCAACAGGUGGAACGAUUGUGGCGAGGACGAGGAUCACUACGUCUAUUAUGACGACAUCGACAGUGACGAGGAGUGGGAUGAAGAUGAGCAAGCGGUACUUAGAGAGAUUGACCGCUCUGUGCUAGACGUCUUUAGCGAUGCCUACUGUAACAAGCAUCUCAUCUACGGGAUCUUGGAGUUGGUACUGGUGCGGCUGAUACCGGAGUUAGCAGAGCGAGGUGUAGGGGAGUUAUGGGCAGAGAGGAUACCCGAUGUAGUGCACCCCGUCUAA